AUGAAUCGCAUUCGUUUCACGCCCAAUAGUAUGCGUUCAUCAGCAAGUGUGAUGGACAGAACUGUAAACAGUAACAGUAGUUCGGAAAGGAAGAAUCAGUGGUGGAAAGGUGAUGGCGGAUUCGUUUACAUAAAGUAUUUUGCACUUAUUAAACAAGUGCUAAUGCUUCUAUAUGUGUUGCGAUCUAUUCACGCUAAUCUGGAACUCGACGUACUUUGUUACGAUGAAGACGACCUGACGACUUCCGAAGGUUUUCCGAAAGUCAAAAUAUGCUUACGACCAUCGUGUCUGUGGCUUCACUGGAUUGUUUUGCGUUUACCACAGUGGCUUGUCCAGGACUUGCCAGAAGGCGUUUGCACCGGUCUGUUGUUCUUCACACUUUCCAGUUCCUUGCUUAUGUUGCUUGCAUUAUACCGUUGCGAGGUUGAGAAAAAGUCCGGUGCUUCCGCUCCACUCUGGUUGAAGGUGAUUAUGGUGCUGCCGAGUGUGCUAGUCGAAGUUGCUUUCACGAUGCUGAUGUGCAACGGAAUCAUCAGUGGUGCCUUGCAUUGGCGUAAAUUCAAAGUGUCUACUAGCAUGAUGGUGCUUGCUGCUGCUUACGCUGUUGUCUUAUGUUUUUCUGUUUUCAUUCUGGUGAGGAAAGCUCAUUUAUACAAAAAGAAAAAAUAA